AUGGACGAUCUUAAACGCGCAAAGAUAACUCGACGCGCUCAACGAGCCCAAGCAACAAAGACGUGGAAUAAAGCAGAAACGUUAAUGAAUGACGAGAUCAACGAAACCAACAUUCAACGACUACAAGUUGUGCUACAGACAUUCGACACGAAAAUCGAACAAUUGAAAAAGCUCGACGAGAAUAUAUCGUGUAAAAUCGAGACCGAGAAAGAACUGGAAAGCGAGAUCGUGGAAGCAGACGACUAUCUAAGUGAGCUAAUGGAUAAAAG